GUACAUGGUCUUCUUGUAUCUUGACUGUGGAUUUUGUACUACAGUGUAUAUUUGAACAGGACUUUGGGCGUAAACUGCCAUUUUAAUUAAGCUAUUGCAAGGUUGAAGUUUUAGCACAUAGAAAAACUGUGUGUGUCUUUAUAAAUACUCAGUCUUUUCAUAGGGAAAGGGUCAUAAUAAGUGUAACAUAGUUUAUCAAUCAAUGAACAGUUAGCAUUAUCUUACGAAGACAAUGGAGGAUUCGCUACUGAAAUGUGAUGUCCACAAGGAGAACAAACUGGAAACUUUCUGCCAAGACCACCAACAGCUGUGUUGCUCUGUUUGUGUAUUACUGAAUCACAGACAGUGUUGCAGUGUGAUUUUUAUUAGUGACUCAGUCAAAAAGAUGUCACCGGAUAUGCGACAUUUGUCUAUCAAUCUUCAAACCAUUCUUGAUGAACUAAAUAAGUUUAAGAGCACACAAGAGGCAAGCAUUCAGUAUGUGGAUGUAUCAUAUAGUGAAAAAUUACAAGAAAUCCAAGACCUGCGAAAUAAGUUAAAUGCUGCUUUGGAUGUACAAGAAAAAACAACCAUGAAAGAACUUGAUGAAAUUAGAUCCACAUUGCAAACCACUCUCAAGAAUGAUCUUGACAACUGCAGCAGGCUGAAGGAUGAAUUGAAACAAAUUAGUGAAGCUGUUAAUGUUCUUUAUGAUAAGGGUAAGAAAGAAAUUGAAUUCAUAGCUUACAUAAAAUGUCUUGAGAAAAUACAAGAGUCUAAGACCUAUCUGAAGAAGAACCGUGUGGACGUGCAGAGUUCAAUUAUAUUCAAGGCGAAUAUUGCUUUCGAGAAGUACCUGUUUGAACAGGAAAGGUUAGGGAUGAUUGUAGACAGUAUGCAGUCGCUCAGACUCAAGAUGAAUCCAGACCAGAUGAUGACUGUGAAGAGGAUAUCAGAGUAUAGUGUGAGAAUAUCAAGUGACACACGCAGCAACAGCGGCAUAGGCGUUUGCUGCCUGCCUAGUGGCCAGGUCAUUGUUACAGAUAGUUAUAAUAAGAAAGUGAAGAUGUUGAACGAGCAGUAUCAUGUGUCCAGUCACUGUGAUGUGCCUUGUUCUCCAGAAGGCAUUUGCCAAAUCACAUCCAGUGAGGUUGCUGUAAAUAGUUAUAAAGAUGUGCAGUUUAUCUCUGUGAUCAAUGGGCAGCUGGUAAAUGGGAGGAAGGUCCAGUUACAGCAUGCAGCCUGUGGUAUUGCCCACCAUCAAGGAUCAUUGUAUGUCACCUCUGGCUCAGCCCUGUACCACUACACUCUGGAUGGAUCCCUUUUGAAAAAGCUUUAUGAGGAUACAGGUUACUAUGAUUCAGUGUUUAAAUGUGCAGUUAGUCCAGAUGGGGACAGGAUCUAUGUCACCAACAAUUCGCAGCACAAGCUCAUCACUCUUGCUACUGAUGGCACCCUGAUAUCCACCUUCAAGGACCCUAAAAUACAAUCCCCCUGGGGUGUACAUGCUACACCAUCAGGGCAAGUGAUUGUCGUUGGAGCCGGCGACAAUUCUCUCAUACAGGUGGAUCAUGAGGGGAAAAACAAACUGGCAGCUUCCCAACGCAGACUAAAGGUUGGCAAGCACUUGGCCAUUAACAAUAUUGGUCAUGUGAUUCCCCACCAGGACUCCGCGUUCCUCUUCACAGACCCGAUGCGAUUGGUUUGUUUCUGGAUCGCGCUCGAGGAUGCAACGCUGGAGAACGGCUGCCUCUGGUUCAUACCAGGGUCAUAUAAACUGGGGGAAAGGCGCAUGGUGCGAAACCAUAAGAAGGAACCGGGGCAGUCCGGUAUAGUCUUUAGAGGAGAAAAAAACUCCAAACACAACGAUGACGAUUUUGUGGAUGGUCCUGUUAAGAAAGAAGGUCAUGCUGCGGGUUUGAUCCCCAGAAGCGACAUUGAAAACUAG